CUGUUCGUUUCUGGCUCUCCCGCGUGGGAUCUGUAUCGGUGACUGACACGGCCCAGGCGGACGCGCUAUAGGGCAGUCGGUCGGGUCCAGUAGGAGACGUCCACUGGCACCCGUCUGGGGCACCUUUUUGGGCCCAUCGGAAUUUUUCUGUUCGGGUGGCAAACACCCGAAACGCACUAGCGAUCUAAGUGUUGUGUUCUCUAUUCUAUAAUUUUUAAGUGUUAAACUCCUUCUCUUUCACAGGCGACCUGGCCUGGCCCAGCCAGAAAUCCUCAUAACUUUACUGUUUCUCCUUUUAAUCCUUUCCUCCACCUCCAGGAUACAGAUGGGCCAAUCUCAAAGCACUCCCCUUUCUCUCCUCGUUGCUAACUUCAGGGAUGUUAAAACCAGAGGACAGAAUUUGAGUUUAGACAUCCGGCGGGGAAAAUUAAUAACCCUCUGCCGCUCCGAAUGGCCAACCUUCGGCGUUGGAUGGCCAACCGAAGGAACUUUCUGCCUCCCUAUAAUUGCUAAGCCCACCUGGGAUGACUGUCAGCAGCUCCUCCGCAUCCUGUUCACCACAGAGGAGCGAGAGAGGAUCCAAUUAGAAGCAAGAAACCUGGUUCCCGGAGACGACCGUCGGCCGACAUCUAACCCUGACCUCAUUAAUGCAGCUUUCCCCCUAACCAGACCUCCACAGGACGAAUGGGACUACAACACGGCAGAAGCUGCCGAGACACCCGAAACCUGCAUCCAGGGAACCGAAGGUCUCCUGCGAACUCUGGGAACCUUAGGCUACCGCGCCUCAGCAAAGAAGGCUCAGAUCUGCAAGUCAGAGGGACUGCUGUUGAAUCCCCUCAGGGUCAUCUUCACCCCCCCAACGGCCCUGAACCCAGCAUCACUGCUGCCAGACCCAGACAUGGGAACCCCACUUCAUGACUGCGCCGACAUACUGGCUCAAGUUUAUGGGGUCCGGGAGGACUUGCAGGAUCAGCCAUUGUCGGACGCAGACGCCAUCUGGUUUACUGACGGAAGCAGCUUCGUUCACCAAGGACAAAGGUAUGUGGGGGCGGCCGUGACUUCAGAGACCGAGGUAGUGUGGGCAGAAGCUCUACCCGCUGGAACCUCGGCCCAGAAGGCUGAGCUAAUAGCCUUAACCCAGGCCCUAAAGUUAGGAAGAGACCGCAAGCUAACCGUGUACACUGAUAGCCGAUAUGCCUUCGCCACCGCUCGUGUACAUGGGGCGAUAUACAGAGAACGGGGGCUCCUCACAGCUGAAGGGAAAGACAUCAGAAAUAAAGAAGAGAUUCUAGCCCUGCUAGCAGCCUUAUGGGAACCCAAAAAGCUAACGAUUGUGCAUUGCCCAGGACACCAGAAGACAACCGACCCAAUUUCCCGGGGCAACAAUUUGGCCGGUCAGACCGCAAAAAACAUAGCUUGGCCCCCAGCGCAAUUGCUGACCCUACAGCUGCCAGACCCCGGACCCCGGGAAUUGCCCCCCAGCCCUGAGUAUUCAGAAAGCGACAUUCAAUGGAUGAGUAAACUUCCUAUGACCCGAAUCAAAGAUGGCUGGUGGAGAGACUCUAAAAGCAGCAUUAUACUCCCAGAUAAACUAGGAUGGCAAGUUCUAGAGCAGAUCCAUCGCAGCACCCACUUAGGUUCCCGGCGAAUGUUGGACUUACUGAGACAGACUGGACUAAAGAUCAGAAAUGUCUCUGAUAAGGUCGAUCAAGUAGUCACUAAAUGUACAGUGUGCCAACUCAACAAUGCGAGUAGCAAUCCUCAGACAACAGGGGUAAGACAAAGAGGGAGCAGACCGGGGACCUAUUGGGAAGUAGAUUUCACUGAGGUAAAACCAGGAAAAUAUGGAUAUACGUACUUGCUAGUUUUUGUAGAUACCUUUUCAGGAUGGACUGAAGCCUUUCCAACCAAGAAUGAAAUGGCGCAGAUUGUAGCCAAAAAGAUCCUAGGAGAAAUCCUGCCCAGGUAUGGUUUUCUAGUAAUGAUAGGGUCAGACAAUGGACCUGCAUUCGUCUCUAAGCCUUGCAGAGGGUCCAUGAAGAUGUAUGGCCCAAAUUAAAGGAACUCUAUGAGACUGGACCCCCGCCUAUUCCACAUCAAUUCCGGCCAGGGGAUUGGGUCCUCGUCAAACGUCAUCGGCAGGGAACUCUGGAGCCCAGGUGGAAAGGACCCUUCCAGGUCAUCCUGACAACGCCUACUGCCAUCAAAGUAGACGGAAUCGCCACCUGGAUCCAUUUCGCCCACGCCAAACCAGUGGACCCGUUCUCAGACCUCAUGGGACCUUCAAAGACAACCUGGACUGUUGAUCGGACUAAGGACAAUCCUUUAAAACUGACCCUACGCCGUCAACGGACUGAGCCGUAACUAUGGUGCUUGCCCUUCUCUUGAUUGUUCUGCAAAUUCUGUCUGUAAAUUCAAACCCCCACGAUCCCUAUAAUUUGACAUGGGAAAUUACUAAUUUAGAGACUCAUGAAGUCUACAACAAAACCCUAGGAACUGCCCCAUUAAAUACCUGGUGGCCAGAUUUAUAUUUUAAUUUAGAAAAAAUUAGUCCAUUAAAAGAAAUGGAAGGAGGUAAAUGGAGGCAACUGCAAAAGAGGGUAUCAAUAAGUAGAAAUGGAUUUUAUGCAUGUCCGGGAUUUAGGACGGGGGCAAUGAGGCACACAUGUGGAGGGUUUGAAAACCUCUCUUGCGCAGCCUGGAGUUGUGUCACCUCCAAUGAUGGGGAAUGGAAGUGGGAAGUAAAACCCCAAUUUAUUGAAAUGUCCUAUGUCCAACCAUGUACCCGCACCAGGUAUGAUGAAAACUGUAACCUUAUUCGUGUGAGAUUUACAGAGGAGGGGAAAAAGGACAGGCGGUGGGUCUUAGGACUCACUUGGGGACUCUACUUAUAUCAAUAUCCCCUCUUUGGGACUGCCAUUCAAAUAAAAUUAAAAGUCUCCCCUCUUGUACUACCGGUAGGGCCAAAUCAGGUAUUAGAAAAAAAAAAAAAAAAAAAAGAGACGAGCCUAUCCCAGAAGGUAUAGACUCCCUAUGGAAAUUGCUAACAGCAGCGUAUGAGGCCUUAAACCGAUCGGACCCUGAGGCAACAAGGGCCUGCUGGCUAUGUUAUGAUAUAAAACCCCCCUUCUACGAAGCCAUAGGUCUAGCUGCCCCUUUUUCACAGUCAGAAGAAGAGUCGCCAGCAGCUUGCAAGUGGAAUCGAAAGGGCCCCCACCUCACACUGCAAGCGGUCACUGGCAAUGGGACUUGUAUAGGAAAGGUCCCCUCUAGCCAUAUCCAGCUCUGUGCCCAGACUAAUUACUCUAUGGGUGAAUCUAAAUGGAUGAUUCCAGCUCCUGACAGUUGGUGGAUUUGUUCUAAGACAGGGCUCACCCCAUGUGUUAGCAGGGAUGUUUUUAAUUUGUCACCCGAAUAUUGUAUCAUGAUAUUAAUAUUUCCAAGGGUUAUUUACCACCGAGAAAAUGUUGUAUAUGAUCUGUGGACAGAAGGGAUGGAAGCAAGAGAGUCAAUAAGAACAAAACGGGAACCCUUUACGACCAUAACCUUGGCCACCUUAUUUGGCCUUGGUGCCAUAGGGGCAGGAACAGGGAUCUCAUCACUAGCCAUCCAGCACCAAGGGUUCGAUAGCCUAAGGGCAGCCAUUGAUAGAGGAUAUAGCCAGACUUGAGGACUCGAUCUCGCACCUCGAAAAAUCUCUGACCUCCCUUUCUGAAGUGGUCCUACAGAACCGAAGGGGGCUAGAUCUAGUCUUCCUCCAACAGGGAGGUUUAUGUGCAGCCUUAAGAGAAGAAUGUUGUUUUAAUGCUGACCACACCGGAGUAGUCCGAGAGUCCGUGGCUAAAGUUAGAGAAGGCCUGGCCAAACGGAGGCGUGAACGAGAACAACAACAAGGCUGGUUUGAGUCUUGGUUCAAUCAGUCCCCAUGGCUAGCCACCCUGCUUUCUGCUCUAGCUGGGCCCCUUAUACUCCUCCUUCUCCUCCUCACCCUCGGGCCUUAUAUUAUUAAUAAACUAGUUGCCUUUAUCAAAGACCGAGUUAACACGAUCCAACUGAUUGUCCUUAGGACCCAAUACCAACCCGUCACUACCGAAACAAUUGAGUCAGACACAUAAAGAUCCAAGAUUGGCUCUUAAGGCACCAAAGAGAGGGGGGAAUGAGAGACUUAAGAGAAAAAU